AUGUCAUCACACCGGCCAGGCGGAUAUAACGGAAGUAAUUCCGUCCAGUCACAGAUGAGCUACAACACCCAUAUCCACAAUGACAGUGGAAGUGGUCCAACCCAGUCACAGAUCAACUACCCUAUGCAGAAUAUGAGCACACUUUUCCGAAAUGAUAAUGAAAGCAAUGCCUCUCAGUCACAUAUGAGCAUCCCCAUGCAUAAUACUAACUUCAGCACUUUUAUUCGUGAUAUUGAUGGCAAAACAUUACUUCGUGAGGGGAAUGAGGCCUAUACAGAGCUCUACAGACGCACACUUGAACUACAAGCAAAUAUCAAUUUCCAAAGGCAAACUUUGCUCGAUCGGCGAUAUGAUUUAUACAGCAACCUAAUCAAACAAUAUCAGCAACAACUGGCAUCAAACAACGUUACACUAGGCCUGACAUCAGUCGCAUCAACACCCGCCCUUCCUCCUACAAACUUACCGACUCGCUCCUUUGAGAUCGAAGUUGUCGAGGGAGAAGACCCUAACGAGUAUGACGAUGUUGAGGUUUUCUGGGAUAAAGCUACGUGGAAAGCACUUGUUGAGAAAUGCAAACGAACUCAAACCACGAUUGACGGUGUGUCGAAUAUGAAGACUGGAUUUCUUUUCAACCAGAAAGGAAAGCCCAUCACGAAGGAGACUGGGAAGGAGAUGUACCAGGUGAUGAAGCAGUGUGGCGAAGAGUUACGGAACCACGGAAUGGCGAUGAAGAAAUUCACUCAUAUGGAGAACGUGGCCCAGGACUACUGCAUCAAGACACUUCACAACAAAUUCAGUGUUAUGCGACUUUGCGAUAAUUUUUGGAAGCCCAAGAAGUAUCUGAAAGCACGAUGGUCUGAUUGGGCGCGCGUCGGUCUGAAAGGACAGACUGAUAGCGGUGGUAAUAAAGGAAACAAACGCCUUGGUGACGACGACUCUGAUUCGGACUCGGACUCGGACUCUUGCGACAAUGACGACGUUGCGAAGCGUCCCUCAAAACGUCUCAAAUUGGUUGAGAAGAAGACGAAAUCGAAACCAGCGGCAUCGUCUUCUUCCAGUCCCACUCCAGUUGCGAGCUCCUCGUCGUUGUCUCCACCUGCCGGAACCGGUCAGAACGCCGCCCAGCAACCCAACCCUCCCUCUAGGACUGCUGGUACAGCCGGAACCGAUCAGAACGCCGCCCAGCAACCCACCCCUCCCUCUAGGACUGCUGGGACCGCCGGAACCGGUCAGAACGCCGCCCAGCAACCCAACCCUCCCUCUGCGACUGCUGGUACAGCCGGAACCGAUCAGAACGCCGCCCAGCAACCCACCCCUCCCUCUAGGACUGCUGGGACCGCCGGAACCGGUCAGAACGCCGCCCAGCAACCCAACCCUCCCUCUGCGACUGCUGGUACAGCCGGAACCGAUCAGAACGCCGCCCAGCAACCCACCCCUCCCUCUGCGACUGCUGGUACAGCUGCCAGCACUCCACCUGCUGGUCCGGCCGGUGCAGGUACCGUCAAUGGGAGCAAGAAUUCAGGCAAUGGAGUACCUCAAGAUACCCAAGGUGGCGGUAGCGUUCAGAUUCCCCGCUUGAAGCGGAAAAAUCUACUUGCCGGAGUCGCUCAACUGCCUGUGCCCAAGGAGCUUGAAAUCGAAUACAAGCCUGUCGAAGCUCCACCAAAGAAGCAGAAAGCGACGAAGAAAGGCAAGAGUCCUGCUCUCGCCAUCCCUAAUGAUUCCCUUUCCGCACGAAAUCUUUACCUCAAACAUUAUUUAGAGCAAAAUCCAAACCUGGCCAAUGGCGAUCACCUUACGGCGGCUCAAUACAAGGUGAUUUGGGAUGGUCUGGAAGACAAAUCGGAGUGGGAACAGGCCGAGGCCGAGGCUAAAAUGGCCAAGAAAGUCGCGACAUCAGGCAAAGUCAAGGGGACCAAGGGCAAGGGGAAGAAGAGCACUAGGAGCAGCAAGGCUACGGAGAGCCAUCAGGAAGAGGGUAGCGGGGCUGAAUGA